UUGUGCUGUGGAGCUUUAAAAUCAUUAUAAAAUGCAUUUAAACACAAUUAAAUGCAUUUAGUUUCAGUUAAAAAUGAAAAAGUUUAAUUUGUGAAAAAGUUGGAAUUUAAUCAACUAAAAUGUCUUGUCUUCGUAGCAGUUGAAAAAUAAGAUACAUACACAGUCUGAAAAAAAAGCGGGCCUGGGAAUUAAACUCUCGACGAAAAAGUAAAUCAAAAUGAAAGUAGUAAUAGUUGUUUUGUUGUUAUACACUACAGUGGAAGGCAGAUUGUGUUCCGACAAGAGAAAAGCACACAUACAGGCAAAUUCACACAAGAACCAAGGCAGUAUUAAUUACGAAACAGUACGUUACGGACAUUACAUCGGACUAGAUUGUUGUACUACCAGCGGAAGUGAAGUUGCGUGGAUGAAAUGGAGUAAAACUGCUGAUAAAUGGCAACAAUAUUUGCCAUAUCGGACUGAAGUUACUUUCUACGACUUUAAACAAAUACUUGCUAUAGAAAGUUCCACUUUUGAAGAUACCGGACUAUAUAAAUGCAUUGUUCAAAACAGUACGUCCGUUACGUAUGUUACAAAAUUCCAAUUAGAUGUUGUCGGCUGUGACAAACUUGCCAGGGGACCCUAUCCUACCUCUCCUUUACCUUGUCAUGAAACAACUACAAAAGAAAAAGACACUUUGACACUUCCCUGUACAGGAUACUUUGGAUGUGCAGAAGACGGGGAUAUUCGAAUUGCCACGUGGUUUGUGUCAGUUGAUAAAAACAAAAAGGAUGAUUGGGUGGAAGCCACUUCUGUAGACAAACGUUACAAGCAAAUAGAUUUUCAACGAGAUAACGGUGCAGUGAAAGGCUCAAAUCUCACAAUCACAGAUGUUUCAACAAUUGAUUUUAACCGGAAGUAUAUGUGUCUGCUAGCGUCUCCACAAAUGGUGCAAGGUCAAACCAGGCUGAUUGUUACCCUAAAGAAUGACCUUUCUCCUGUGUUCGAAAGUAGCUUGAGUUCUGUCAGAAUUUUAGUUGGUGUUUGUACUGUGGCAGUCCUUUCGUUGAUUGUGAAUAUCAUAAUUACUGUGCUGACAAUUCAUGAAAGAUCGAGAAAAGUACCACGAAUAGUUCACAGGACGUCGGAUCAGAAAUGGACGACAGUGAUGUCCAGAGAUUUUGACAAUGUAUGAGAAAGACUUGCAGUAGAAUAAUGAUUUUCAUAUAAUAUGCGUGAAGUCCUACUGGCAACUUUUUUAAGGAGAAUCGCAAAUUUUUAAUCUAUUUCUACAGUUUAAAAUUCUGUUUGCAAAUUUAAACAAUAUGUUUUUGUUUCUGGGAUAUUUUGAACGCUUAAUUGACUAGCGGUACUGUCAAAGGAAUAGGACAGCGACAAUGUUUGAAAUGUAGAGAUAUUUCUAUGCAGACUACAGCUCAUUAGUUUUACUAUAUUGCACAGCACAGGAGUGUCUUACCUAUUAUUUGGUCCGCCAGAUGCGUAACAGUGUUUUCAUGAACUGCGGCUUUAAUAUUUUGCAAGGUCUAUAUAUUGAUAUAUCAUACUUUUCACAUCAUUUUAAAUGUAUCCAGUUGUUGUAUUCGGAACUUCUCGAAUUUUUCAAGAUAUCUUCAAUGAUAUCAAUUUUAUAGACAGAAAUAUAUUUUCAAAGCGUAAAAUUCUGGCCACUGAUUUUCUUUAUUAUUUACAACAAAAUGUAGAUUCUAACUAACCAGGAUAUUCUGUAAGUUUGUAAAAAUUCAUCAAAAACUAAAGAGAAAAUAAAAUUUCAAAUACCUUUUUGCGUCCAAGACCAUAUCAAAAUUGCUCUUCGGUGAGAAAUUAAAAAAUAAUCAAGGUAUUUUGAAGAUUCUUAAAGUUGUAUUUACGACUCUUGCAAUUCUUUAUAAUAAUGUGUAUUAUGUAGAGUAGUGUCUAAUAUUUAAAGUCCUUGUUACAAACAGUAACUCUUACAAAUAAGUAAAUACUAAUAAGCUUUGAUAAUGUGGCAGUUGAGUCCAGUAAGUCCAGGGGUUUUCAAAGAUAAUCCGUCAUAGAUUCAUUAUAAAGCAAAUACUUGAUUUACCUGUAUUGGAAAAUAAACAGUGUCGAUUGUAUUGAGGUCAACUGCCACAUUAUCAAAGUUUAUUAGUAGGUGCCUAUUUUCUGAAAACCGCAAUAUGUUUAUUUACCUAUCAGGUCUCAUUCCACGAAACGUAUUUAUAUUAUAUAUACCUUACAUUAAACAGGUAUGCAUAUCAUCCUAGUCUAUCUUUAAAGGUUAUUUCCAAAAAUUAACCUAUCCUAUCGAAACUAGUUUAACACUGUAAAAAUAUAUACAUACGUAUUUAUAGUGUUUACAAAUUUUUGUUUAUCGUGAAUUAUGACUACCUCAACCUUAGGUUUUUUUUAUGUCUUUAUUUUAUUGAUCCACUUGAUGAAUUGGACAAAAACACCCAGCUUUAGCGUUUAUUGUACAUAAAUUAUGUUAAGUACAUAGAUUAGUAUAUUUUUUUAGGAAUUUUGACUCGUGCAAAUUACUAUGUUUAAUCUGUAUGACGUAAUUUAAAUAUCCGAAAAUAAUAUUUCCAAAUGAAGAAGUUUCACAAACUCCUUCCUGCUUUGGCUUCUUGAAACUGAGUUAUGUACCCCACUUUGUUAUUUGAUAAGAAAUUGAUUAAAUGCGUUUUCCGUAUAAAUAUAUAAAUAUAUACAUUUUGUAUCUAGUUUCAUGGUUAAUCAUAAGGUAAUGCACCAAGUGAUCAAGAAAUGUUAAAUACACAACUGACAUUUUAUCUUUUAACGAAUGUUAACGAGUGUAUAUUUGGUCUUGAAGAAAAGAAGCCAUUAAAAUCUUAAUAAUAAUGAUUUUUAACAAAUAAAUGUGAUUUGAAUAAAAAUACAUUAUAUUUUAUUAUCAUCAUAUAAUAUUUUACAUAAAAUUGUUACGAAGAAUUUGUUAUCAAAAAUAAAGUUACCUUUGUUUCC